AUGGGCCGCUUGCGUGUGGCCUCCCGCGUGGGCCGGGAUGUGCGGGCGACAAGAAGCUCAUUUCGCGAUAGGUCGCGCUCCAACUCACCAUCACGCUGCACACAGUCGACGCUGCGCGUCAUCUUCAACAGAUUAGUAUCAUACCGGGUCUACGCGCUGCUUGGCGCCACCUUGCUGGUGCUGCUGUGUCUGACAUGGCCGCGCGCCGGGGACCACCUGACGGCACGACCCAAGCACAUCGUCGACGACCUGCGCAACACGGAGGGUUGGAAGGGAAAUGACGGAUCUGCCAAUAAUGAAAACUCUCACAGGAAGAACUUGGAACACACGUCCGCGUCGACACCGGGGCUGCCGACGCCCUCCCUAGCCAGACGUGUUCGCGAAGAAUUCGUGCACCUGGAGCAGGACCUGCAGCGCAUCUUAAAGAACCGCUUCUCGCCGUCACGCGAUGAUCUAGCGCAGCUUUUGCAGACCCUGCCGCCUAAAUCGCAGACCCUCCGUUUCAAGGUGUGCAACGGGUUCGCCAACCAGCGUCUCUCCAUUGUGUACGGUGUACUGCUGGCGCAGCGGCUUGGGCGUACCCCCGUACUGCCGGUACUAUUACGUGACGGCAUUCAGCGCACCGAUGCCACCGUCAUCGCGCACGGUGCUAACAAGGUACCGUUUGAGGAUGUGUACGAUUUGACGUUCUUCCUGUACGAGCUGGCCAAGGCCGGAAUCCGCAUACUGGAGCCGCACGAGGUUCCGCGGCCCAGCGCCUACACGGAGGUGGCCCUGAGCUCCGUGGGCGCAAAUGUGUCAGGUGCCCUGUCCACCACGUACGGCCACCUGCAGCACCUCUCCAUAGACUGUCCGCUGUUCAAGAUGACGCCUGGGGAGAUGAAUCAGCGGCAGGAUGAGCCUGUCAUAUGGGGCGUGUUGGAUGCCUUGAGGCCGGCUUCACAGGUAGCUCUCUACGCCUGCCUUGAGGCCGUUUCCCUCUACUGUCAGAGUCCUCUGGUCUCCUUUCCCUAUUCCCUCUUUGUGCCCUGUUCCCAUUCAUCCUCCAUUGAUAUUUGCAUCUUGCAAAUGACUGAUGGACUCCCCCCGUACGCGUAUGUGGACAGCAUGCAGCGGGGCAUCAAGCACUUGGGCGCGGUGAAGGGCAAGGCGGCCACCAAGUACAACUUCCUGCACCUGCGACUUGAGAACGACUGGGUGGAGCACUGCAAGCGGUGGACCAGCAUUCCCGACGGCGUUGUUCGUGACAACUGCUACAACAACACGGAGACCAUCGAUGUGCAGCUGCGGCUGUUCGCAUUCAGCCCCGAUGUGCCGCUCUACGUGGCGUCAUACUGGAACGAUGUGGAGCCGGAGCGGGCAAAGAAGGUAAUUAGCAGGUUAGUGGAUGCGGGCUACCGGGUCAUCACCUCCAACGACGUCUUCCCGGAGGCUAUGAGGAACGCAGACAGGGAGAUAAAGGCAUUGGUGGAGUACUAUGUGGGCUUCGGAGCGAGCAGGUUCAUUGGCAACAGUGUGUCCACGUUUGCGGCUCUGGCCCUCCUGGAGCGGAGACAUCGGGACCUCUGGGCCGCCUAUUACAACGGGGGGAACAUACCGGUGGCGCCGUACUUGCCUGUACACAAGCUACCUUGGGUUUUCACGUACAACAGCUGGAGCGGCAAGUACGACUACAUGCUCAAGGCUGCGGUCAGGUCCGCGGCGCACUUUGACUCGUUGAAGCCGUACUGCAUCUUUGACGGCAACACCAGCUCCCUCAUCGGUCGCUGGUUGGUUGACAAUAAUGUGACUCUGAUCCGCCACGUUCCCAGCUGGCGGGAGGAGCUGCUCAAGAAGGCCGAGUCCAGGAUGAAGGACAACGUGCAGCAUUCCCACCUGUACAAGAACCCCGACAUGCUGGUGUCCACAUUCCAAAGAGUGGAUCUGCCUGUCGUACCCAUCCUGGACCAGUACACGUACGUGCUGUACACGGAUGCUGACGUGUACUUUAGGAGGCCCAUUCAUCUGGACGACUUUGGCCUGCCGCUGCCCCGCUCCGUGUCCAUGUCGUACGAGUUUUACAAGAUGUUCCCGUACAACGCUGGCAUUAUCAUGGCCAACUUGCCCACCAUGCGCCGCAAUUACAAGGCCUUCCUCGCCAUGAUGCUGGACAACGAUGACGGGCUCUACUACCCCAACUACGGACCUGCGGAUCAGGGCAUCAUCAACAAGUUUUACGAGCACGACCUGCGCAGCCAGAUGUUGAACCAAGCCUUCAACACGAAGCCGUACAACGACUUUGAUCCCAACUCCUUCCUGGUCCAUUUUCACGGCCCCAAGCCCCAUGAGUAUCUGAGCUUCGUGGAAACCGGCAAAUGCGACUUCUACUCCGUCUGCGAGCAGGGCUUCCUGAAGUCACUUUGUCAGUACGUGCAGGAGUGGCAGGUGUACAUCCCCGAGGAAACCAACAUGAUGCGCCUCGGGGAUUCCUGCACCUGGCUCACCAACCCCACCAUCAUGGCCGUCUUCCAGAAGAAGACCGGCCUGCUGGCGCAGAACCAGGCGGUGCCUGAUGACAAGCGCCUGGAGUUUACACAGAAGCAACGGUUGGCGUUGAGCAUCAGCAUUAUCACCGUCACCAUCAUAUGCUGCACCGCAGCCUGCAAGAGGCUGGUCAUGCAGCUUGCAUGCAAGCGGCAGGAAGCCCGUGUGCACUUUGGGAAAACCAUCGAAGAGGAAUAGAGUAAUGCAGGGCUGGUGUCAGGGCCGCGUGCGUAAGUUAGCGUGCGGAGGGAGGGGGUUACAGGGCAGGCAGGUUGGUGAGGGAGAGGGGCCCUUUUGACGCUGUGGUAGC